AUGACUCAAGCACCGUCAGAUACCAGUGACUAUCAGCGAUUCGACGAGAUGCUGCUCCAUUUGGAGCCACGUGGCGCUCGAAUCCCCUAUAACAUUGUCUACGACAAGGAUGACAAUAUUUGGGUCGCUUCCAAGGGCGGACUCUAUAAAUUCGAUGGAAAAUCGUUGAGAACGUUGUACGAGGACAAAAAGUUUUUCAAAAAACAAGCACCUUUUCCACAAGUUCUCUAUCACAAAAAUCGGAUAAUCUACACAUCCGCCGAUUUUUCCGAUCGAACUACGCUGGUUAAGGUGAUUUCACUGAAUGGUGAUGUGCUCCACGAGUCUUUUUUCGAUGGUUUAGUAACUUCUAUGACGAUCACCGACGAGGGCGAUUUGUACAUUUGCAAGCAGACGAAUCCAGGAGAACGAAAGAAUUCCAUUAUGACAACCCACUUCGAUUGCCCUAUUGGCUGGGAGAUUGUGGCUGAAUCUAACGUUGGCGAGGCGUUUACGAGGUGCUGCGCGCUUGACAACAAAACUUUGGUCACGAUUGUCAGCGAUUUUCCCAUGAAUAUGUACUCAAACCAACGCAUUGUUUUCUACGAUUUGGAGACGAAACAGGCGACAAAGACGGUGUCGAAGACCGGAAAAGGGCCCGGAGAGAUUUAUUUCCCGAAAUGUGUCAAAAAGUUUGGAGAUGAUGGAUUCUUGAUUACGGAUCGAUCGGGAAGGUUUAUGGAGUUCAAGAAAACCGGCGAAUUCGUUGGCAUCCGUGCUGAAAUCGACGCAUUCCUAUGUGAAUCGUUCGCCGUCAAAGAUAACGAGGCUCUGAUGGCACUGACUGGCAUGGUACGUGAUCCAGAUGAGCAGUUGAUCUGUGACGAUUGGCUGGAGACGAUUCGGUUGGAUGGAUCCACGUGGAGAGCUGAAAGAGAGAAGAAGAGACGAGAGACGGCAGAGAAAGAGGAGAAAGGAGCGGAUAAUUGA